AUGUUGCACGUUACUAGAGCAGGAGAUAUCUCAGUGUAUCAAGUUUCCGGUGCAAAUGUUUCAAGAUCAUUACCAGACUGGAUUGCUAAAAAGCGUAAAAGAUCUUUAAAGAAUGAUUUAGAUUAUCAAAAUAGAAUUGAAUUAGUUCAAGAUUUUGAAUUUAGUGAAGCUUCAAAUAAGAUCAAAGUUUCUCCAGAUGGUAAUUUCAUCAUGGCUACUGGUACUUAUAAACCUCAAAUCCAUGUUUACGAUCUUGAGAAUAGUUCGUUGAAAUUUGCUAGACAUACUGAUACAGAAAAUGUUGAUUUUGAAAUAUUAUCAAAUGAUUGGACCAAGUCUGUUCAUUUGCAAAAUGAUAGAAGCAUAGAAUUCCAAAAUAAAGGUGGGAUGCAUUAUAAAACAAGGAUACCAAAAUUUGGUAGAAAUUUAGCAUACAAUUCAGUCAACUGUGAUUUAUACAUUUCUGCAAGUGGGAAUGAAUUAUACAGAUUAAAUUUGGAUCAAGGAAGAUAUUUGAAUCCAUUUGUAUUGGAUAUAGAUCCAGAAAAGGGGUCAGGUGCAAACCACGUUAGUUUCAAUAAUGUUAAUGGUCUAAUAUCAGUAGGGUUAGAAGAUGGAACUGUUGAAUUUUGGGAUUCAAGAGCAAAAUCAAAGAUUGCCAAAUUAUCAUUACCUUCAUCAAACGCACUUACUAAUAACUUCCAAAUAACAACUACAGCUUUCAAAAAUGAUGGGUUAGGCUUUGCAUGCGGUACCUCAAAUGGUUAUUCUUAUCUAUAUGAUUUAAGAAGUUCAAUCCCAACAUUAGUUAAAGAUCAAGGUUAUGGAUUUGAUAUCAAAAAAAUCACAUAUCUUAAUGAAAAUCAAUUCUUAGCAACAGAUAAAAGAAUUGCUAAAAUUUAUAAUGUUAAUGAUGGUAAAGUUUAUGCUUCAAUGGAACCAAGUGUUGAUAUUAAUGAUAUUGAUUAUAUUCCAGAUUCUGGUAUGUUUGUCACAGCUAAUGAAGGUAUUCAAAUGCACAUGUAUUAUAUACCGAACUUGGGACCAGCUCCAAAAUGGUGUUCAUACUUGGAUAAUUUCACAGAAGAAUUGGAACAAAAACCAACAGAUUCAAUUUAUUCAAAUUACAGAUUCAUCACAAAGGAAGAUGUUUCAAAAUUAAAUAUUGCCCAUUUAGUUGGUACAAAGGUUUUAAGAAGUUAUAUGCAUGGGUUCUUUAUCAAUACUGAACUUUAUGAUAAGGUUAAUUUGAUUGCUAAUCCUAAUUCAUACAAGGAUGAAAGAGAAAGAGAAAUUAGAAAAAGAAUCGAGAAAGAAAGAGAAUCAAGAAUUAGAACAACUGGUGCUGUUAAAAAGACUAAAGUUAAAGUUAAUAAAGAUUUGGUUGAUAAAUUAACCAAGAAAUCUGGUUCUAAAGCUACAGAAGGUAUUGUUAAUGAUGAUCGUUUCAAAGAAAUGUUUGAAGAUCCAGAAUUCCAAGUUAAUAAAGAAUCCUUUGAAUAUAAACAACUUAACCCUGUGGAGUCUACUACUGAUUCUACUACUUCAAAACGUUCUAGAGCCUUAACAGCUGCUGAAGAAUCAGAUGAAGAAAGAAUCAACGGUGGUGAUAGUGAUUCUGAAAAAUCUGAAAGUGAAGAAAGUGAAUCUGAAAGUGAAUCAGAAUCAGAAGAUGAAGAUGAAGAACAAUUAGAUAAACUACAACAAUUAAAGAUCAAGAAACAACUGGAAGCAGUAAAGAGAAAGAAGGAAGCUAGAGAUAAAUCCGAUAAAUUCUUGAAUGAAAUGAGAACUUAUGCAACUGAUAAUAAUUCAAAUGCUGAAAAGAAUCAAGUUUCAUUCGAUAAACAAUUGGCAAAAUUGAGAAAUAAGGAAGAGAGAGAAAAUUUUGUCAAGAAGAAUGAAGUUCUACAUAGACAUGCUAGAGGUGAAGCUGAAUUAACUUUUAUCCCAAAGAAAUCUGAAAAGAAGAAGGUUUCAUUUAGACGUGAAAGUGAUGAUGAGAAUGGUGAUGGUGAAUCUAAACAUGGUAGAACCAGACAAAGAUUUGAAGGUCGUAGAAGGGCCAGUAAAAAUGCAUUCCGUGGUAUGUGAUUUAGGGAUAUAUUAUAUACAACAUUUAAUUUCUGUAUUUACAUGUAUUAUCGUCUAUUUACACUCUAAAAACCUUCUUUUUCACCGAGAACACUAGCAAUUGCAACUUCAG